AGUUCCGCGUGUGUGGUUGAGUGCGUGAAACUGUUGGCACGACGCGGGCUUGUGGCUGGUGACGCAGGGCUCGCGGUGGGCGGGGCCACCGCCGCCUCUCCUCCCCCGUACAAAAGCUCCGCCGCGCCAGGUGACGUCCUCCACUCUUUGACGCGACUGGAAGGCCAUGGAUGAUCACUUCGAGUGCGGUUCGUCCGGGGCCUCCAGCACCUACCCUCAGCAGUGCUCUGCCCUGCGGAAAAAUGGCCACGUCGUCUUGAAGGGACGUCCGUGUAAGAUUGUGGAAAUGAGCACCUCCAAGACCGGCAAGCACGGGCACGCCAAGGUGCACCUGGUCGGUAUAGACAUUUUCACUUCAAAGAAAAUUGAAGAUAUCUGCCCCUCCACUCACAACAUGGACGUCCCGAACGUGAGCAGGAAGGAUUACCAGCUUGUGGAUAUUGACACGGACAAGUUUGUCACUCUGCUGGACGACGACGGGAGCAACAGGGAAGACCUCAGGUUGCCGUUGGAUCCUCUGGGCAAAGAAAUCCAGGACAGCUUUAAUAAUGGUUCCACUUUAAUGUGCACCGUGUGUUCAGCCAUGGGGGAGGAGAUGAUCGUUGGCAUCAAACCGUGCAACUGAUCUGGAGGACCUGGUCCUGCCGGAGAGCUCGGUGGCUCAGUGGAGCAGCCUCAAACUUCAGUUUCAACACCCAACAUUAUGACCACCUCUCAGACCGCAAGUGAACGCAACCAGCAGCCGUAACAUUAUGACCACCUGCUGAAUCGUGUGUGUGUUUAUCCCCAGCCUGCCAUCUCCUGUGAGCUACUUUAACUCAGUGAACGAGUCUUUAGUAACAGGCAAGAAGUGAUGCGCUUUUCAGUCAUUUUCAUUUGAUGUUUCAUUUACUGCGUUGCGCCGAACAAGCCACGUUUAACAAUGACUCCUCGGUGAGGAGAGUUUUUGGAGUGUAGUUUUCAGCUGGAGCGUCAUGUGUGCUUGAAGAGCUGCUGCCUCUUCAAGCUCGGCUGGAUGCGUUCGUGUUGCUUCUCAGCGUCGCCACAGUUGCACAACAAUUGUAAUGGCGCCGCUGUAGCCAGGCAUGAGUCAACAGGAGCUCGUCUGGCGGCCAUUUUGAUGAGGUCGGUGUUGGAUUUUUGACCUCUGUGAACUAGUGUUCAGUCUGAGCAGCUGUGUUACAACAGAGGUGCAUCUUCGACAAGACAAACGCAGCCAGGGGACUUCAUUGGCCCCCAGCACAGCUUUACCAAGAAAUAAAUAGUGUCAUUGACCCCUGGAUGGGGUCAAACAUUUAUUUAUUCAUUUUUUUCCCCCUUUCUCCACAAUAUUGAUCAGCUGGUCAUAAUGUUAUGGCGGACUGGCGACUAACCGCCAAGAAGUAUGUACUUGAGUCAGAUCAAAAGUAUUUUCAGAGAUGAAUGCGAGGGCAGAGGUCAUCGGGGGUCAGCGAUUCGGGCUUUUUUUGUGGGCUGUUUUGGAAUAAUUCAAGCCAUGAAACGUUUUUCAGCGGUUGCUAUUCCUGACGACAAAACGAUGUUUAGCUGUUUUUGUGUGUGACUGCUCUCGUGAGCAGAGUCGAACUGAAGGACAGACCAAUCGUGCGGAGCUUCUUCACAGCUCUUGGUGGACUCUUCUACUCUUAUUGUAACGCUGACUCAGUGAAAUGUACCGAGCCAGUGGACUCGGUGACGUGCCAGCUGGAUAGCACCAUCACCUCCGUAUUAGUAUUCCUUUGUUUCUGCCGACAUUUGGGAAGAGGGGACACAACACAGCGAGGCAUUUCCAACAUUGCCGUGAACUGCUUCUGGGAAAUAGUGGGGUACACUGUAGCUCCACUCACUUUCUCCGCUUGCAGCAAAAGAAGGGUCAUGUGCAGCAAUGGGGCGGAUCCUCCGGGCUUCGGCGACAACUUUCCUGGUCAUCAUUCCAAAUCUAGAAUCAACUAUGAUCUUGGGUCACUUCCCAACCGCUUUUCUUUGCUGAGGUGAUUUAAUUUGAAGAGGGGAAAUGGUGUUUCUUUGCUUUCAUCUACAUUUGGAAAAAAAUACCUCAAGUUUUCACUGCUGUCUGGUUGAAUGCUUCAGUUUAUGAUGUUGAAUAAAGGUUACUUCACACAGUC